CACUUUCCAAAGGAAACUGUUAUGGAGAGCACUGGGCCAAAGCUGUUGGAAACAGCUGAAGAGAUCCAAAAGAGGCGUCAGAAGGUGUUGACUCGUUACCAGAAGUUCAAGGAACUGGUUGCGGAGAGAGGUCAGAAGCUCGAAGAGUCCUAUUACUACCAGGUUUUCAGGCGGGAUGCAGAUGACUUGGAAAAGUGGAUCUUGGAGAAACUAAAGAUUGCAGAGGAAAAAAGCUAUGAAGACCCGACUAACAUACAGGUGAAAUACCAGAAACAUGAGUCCUUCGAAGCAGAGGUGCAAGCAAAGUCAAAGGUCCUUCCUGAACUGGAAGAAAUCAGGGAAGAACGUUUUCCUGAGGGGCAUUUUGCCCAUGAGGACACAAAGGCCCACCUGGAGGAACUGCGCCGCCUGUGGGACCUUCUGAAAGAGCUGGCCCAGGAGAAGGGCUUCCUUCUGCUGCAGGUCCUGCAACUACAGCAGUACUUACAGGAGUGUGCUGACAUCUUGGAAUGGAUUGGAGAAAAGGAGGCCAUAGUGACAUCAGUGGAGCUGGGUGAGGACUGGGAGCGCACAGAGGUUCUACAUAAGAAGUUUGAAGAGUUCCAAGCAGACCUAGAAGUUCGGAAGAGGAAAGUGGAUAAAGUGAACCAGUAUGCCAAUCAGUGUGCUGAGGAGAAACACCCUGAGCUGCCUUUGAUUAAGUCAAAGCAAGAUGAGGUAAAUACUGCCUGGGAUCGUAUCUAUAGCCUGGCUCUCCAGAGACAGAAAGCCCUAUCAGAUGCUACAGACCUCCAACGAUUUAAAAGGGAUGUGGAUGAAGCCAUCACUUGGAUCAAGGAGAAAGAGCCUCUUCUUACCUCUGAGGACUAUGGCAAAGACCUUGUUAACUCUGAGGCACUGUUCCACAGUCACAAAGGACUUGAGAGGAACCUUGCAGUCAUGGAUGACAAGGUGAAGGAGUUAUGUGCCAAAGCAGACAAGCUGGUGGUCUCCCAUCCUUCGGAUGCACCCCAGAUCCAGCAGAUGAAAGAGGAUCUGGUCUCCAACUGGAAUCAUAUCCGUGCCUUGGCUACCAGCAGAUAUGAAAAGUUGCAGACAUCUUAUGGGUAUCACCUGUUUUUAUCUGACUAUGAUGAACUCUCAGGCUGGAUGAAGGAGAAGACCGCCCUAAUCAGUGCUGAUGAGCUGCCUGCGGAUGUGGCCGGGGGGGAAGCCCUACUGGACAGGCAUCAGCAGCAUAAGAAUGAGAUUGACUCUUAUGAUCACCGAUUUCAACUUGCUGAAGAGACUGGUAAAGACCUGCUGGAUGCCAGUCAUGAAGCCUCUGCAGAAGUUAAGGAAAAGAUGACAACACUUGCCAGUAGCUGGACUGCCCUGCUGGACCUGUGGGACAAGCGUCAGCAUCAAUAUGAGCAGUGCUUGGAUUUGCACAUGUUCUACCGAGACAGUGAGCAAGUAGACAGUUGGAUGAGCAGACAAGAGGCCUUCCUGGAUAAUGAGGAACUGGGACACUCUCUGGGAAGCGCAGAGGCCCUUCUUGAGAAGCAUGAUGACUUUGAGAGAGCUUUUACUGCCCAAGAACAGAAGAUCACGAACUUAGACAAGACAGCAACAAAACUGAUUGACGAUAACCAUUAUGAUUCAGAGAAAAUUGCUGAUAUACGGGAUAAGCUGUUGAACUGGAGGGAUGCCCUAUUUGAAAGGGCUGCCACUCGACGUAGAGUGCUAGAGGAUUCAUUGCUUCUGCAGCGACUGUAUCAAGACUUAGAUGACCUAAAGAACUGGAUCAACAAGAAGAAAAAGUUGGCAGAUGAUGAAGAUUACAAGGAUACACAGAAUUUGAAGAGUCGAGUACAAAAGCAGCAAGUCUUUGAAAAGGAAUUGGCAGAUAAUAAGAUCCUACUCAAUAACAUACAGAAAACUGGCCAGAAAAUGAUUGAGGAUGGUCACUACGCCUCUGACGAAGUGGCUGCUCUUGUGAGUGAAGUUGUCAGCCUCUGGGAGGAGUUGUUGGAAGCUACCGCACAAAAAGCGACACAGUUGUAUGAAGCUAGCCAGCAGCUACAAUUUGAAAACAAUGCAGAAGAUCUAAAGCGCUGGCUGACGGAGGUGGAGCAGCAAGUAACCUCGGAGGAUUAUGGGAAAGAUCUGGCAGAUGUCCAGAAUCUACUCAGGAAACAUGGAUUUCUGGAGUCAAAUGUGGCUGCUCAUCAGGAUCAGGCGGACAUCCUCACAGAUCUGGCUGAAUAUUUUGAAAAAAUAGACCAUCCUAAUGCUGGGGACAUACGGUCCAGGCAGGAGUCCUUGGUUUCCCGAUAUGAAGCCCUGAAAGAGCCUCUGGCCACCCGGAGAAAGAAGCUCAUCGACCUCUUGCACUUGCAGCAGAUUUGCAGAGACACUGAGGAUGAGGAGGCCUGGAUUGAAGAGACAGAACCCUCAGCAGCUUCUACCUACCUUGGUAAUAACGUGAUUGCCGCCAUGAAUCUCCUGAACAGGCAUCAAGUUAUCUUGGCUGAUAUUGCCAGCCAUGAGCCAAACAUUCAAGUGAUAACAGAGAGAGGAAACAAAAUGGUAGAGGAAGGACACUUUGCUUCAGAUGAUGUGGCCUCUAGAGUGAAGCAUUUGAAUGAGAGUAUGGAGUCUCUACGGACUCGAGCUGCUAGGCGGCAGAGUGACCUUGAGGCCAACGUCCAGUUCCAGCAAUACCUGGCUGACUUGCGUGAAGCAGAAGCAUGGAUUAGAGAGAAGGAGCCUAUUGUGAACAAUACUAACUAUGGGGCUGACGAAGAAGCAGCUGGGGCUCUUCUAAAGAAGCAUGAGGCCUUCCUAGUGGAUCUCAAAGCAUUUGGAAAUAGUAUGCAAGCUCUGCGAGAUCAGGCAAAAGACUGUGAGCAAAAACAGGCUGCACCAGUGGAGGGAGCUGGUCCAGAAGCGAGGGUUAUGGCUUUAUAUGAUUUCCAGGCCCGCAUCCCCCAAGAAGUCACCGUGAAGAAAAAUGAUGUCUUAACCCUGCUUAGUUCCAUCAACAAGGACUGGUGGAAGGUGGAAGCUGGUGACCGCCAGGGCUUUGUCCCAGCUGUUUAUGUCAAGAAACUGGCCCCUGAUGAGUUCCCGAAGCUUCCACGGAGGCGUCGAGAAAAGCCAGGCAGCAUUACCCAGCGUCAGGAGAAGAUUGAGAACCAGUACCGCUCCCUCCUUGAUCGGGCGGAGGAACGCAGACGUCAUCUAUUGCAACGUUACAAAGAAUUUUUUCUGGCCUAUGAGGCGAGAGACAUGCUGGACUGGAUCCGAGACAAGAAGGCAGAAAACACUGGGGUGGAACUAGAAGAUGUUUGGGAGUUGCAGAAAAAAUUUGAUGAGUUCCAAGCGGAUUUGAAGACAAAUGAGCCACGGCUGAGAGAAAUAAAUAAGGUGGCUGAUGAACUGCUAUAUGAACGUCUUCUAACACCACAAGGAGCUCAAAUCCAGCAGGAGUUGAAUGCCCGCUGGGGGUCCCUGCAGAGGCUGGCAGAGGAACAGAGCCAACUGCUGGGCAGUGCCCACGCUGUCGAGAUGUUUCACAGAGAAGCAGAUGACACGAAGGAGCAGAUUGAGCAGAAGUGCCAGGCCCUUAGUGCUGCUGACCCUGGCAAGGACCUGAUCAGUGUUCAGGCCCUUCAGCGACAGCACGAGAGCUUCGAGAGAGACCUUAAGCCCUUGGGGGAAAAGGUGACCAACUUGGGCGAAACAGCAGAGCGGCUCAGUGAGUCCCAUCCAAAUGCCACCGACGACCUGCAGAGGCAGCGAAGAGAGCUGAAUGAGGCCUGGGAUGACCUGUUGGGGCGUACGAAGGAUCGUAAGGAGAACUUAGACGAGUCCCAGAAACUCCACGUGUUCCUCAGCAAGGCCAGGGAACUACAGAAUUGGAUCAGUGGCAUUGAUGACAUGGUAUCCUCACAGGAGCUGGCUGAGGACUUAAUUGGCACAGAGAUCUUACUGCAGCGACACCAGGAACAACAUGCUGACAUGAAGGCUGAGGAUCCCACCUUUCAGGCCUUGGAGGACUCCGGUGCAGAACUUAUAGACAGCAGACACCGUGCCAGCGUUGUCAUUGAAAAAAAGCUUCAAGAUGUCAGACAAGAGAGAGAUGAUUUGGAGAAAGCUUGGGAACAACGCAAGAAGAUGCUAGAACAAUGUCUGAAGUUGCAGGAGUUCCAAGGGGACUGUGAUCAAAUUGAGAGCUGGAUGGUGGCACGUGAGAAUUUCUUGAGAUCAGAGGACAAGGGCUCCUUAGAUAGCCUGGAGGCCUUGAGCAAGCAACGUGAUGAUUUGGACAAAGCAAUCACUGACCAGGAAGAGAAGAUCACUGACCUGAAACAUUUUGCUAAGCAGCUCAUAGAUGAUGACCACUAUGCCAAGGAGGCGAUUGCUGCUCGGCUUCAACAGGUGCUAGACAGGUGGAAUGCUCUCAAAGCUCAGCUAAUAGCCGAGAAAACAAAACUUGGAGACUCUGCUGACCUGAAAAAAUUUAACUCUGACUUUGAGGAACUAGAAGAAUGGAUCAGUGAGAUGCUGCCCACAGCCUGUGAUGAAUCCUACAAAGAUCCUACCAACAUUCAGAGGAAAUACCUGAAGCAUCAGGCCUUUGAAAAUGAGGUCAAAGGCCGAGCUGAGCUGGUAGAAGGAGUCAUCGACCUGGGGAACUCCCUGAUUGAGCGAAGGGCAUGUGAUGGCAAUGAAGAGACUGUGAAGGAGAAACUGGAAAAGCUGGAGGAACACUGGGAGAAUCUGUUUGAGAAAACAAUUGACAAAGGGCAAAAGCUCAAUGAGGCCAGUCGCCAGCAGAGGUUCAACACAGGAAUCCGGGCUUUUGAAUUCUGGCUCUCAGAGGCAGACACACUGCUGGCCAUGAAAGAUCAGGCCAGGGACUUGGCUACAGCAGGCAACCUGCUCAAGAAGCAUCAGCUAUUGGAAACUGAUAUGUUGGCUCAAGAGGAAGUGCUCAAGGAGCUGAAUGAAUUGGCUACUGAACUGCUCUCCAGUGUGUCUUUCAAUGAGGACCAGAUUAUACAGAAAAGGGAUAGUGUCAAUGAGCGUUUCCUGAAUGUCCAGAACUUGGCUGCUGCACACCAUGAAAACCUGAAAGAAACCUAUGCCUUGUUCCAGUUCUUCCAGAACCUGGAUGAUGAGGAAUCCUGGAUAAAGGAGAAAUUGAUAAGAGUGAGCUCCCAAGACUACGGGAGGGAUUUGCAGGGCGUUCAGAACUUACUGAAGAAACACAAACGCUUAGAAGGAGAGCUGGUGGCACAUGAGCCCGCCAUCCAGAAUGUGCUGGAUAUGGCAGAGAGUCUGGGAGACAAGGCUGCUGUAGGACGAGAAGAGAUCCAGGAGCGGCUGGCUCAGUUUGUUCAACACUGGGAGCAACUGAAAGAGUUGGCCAAGGCUAGAGGGCUUCGUUUGGAACAGUCCAAGGAAUACUUGGAAUUCAUGGAGAAUGCUGAGGAGGAAGAAGCUUGGAUCAGUGAAAAGCAAGCUAUGGCUGCCCGAGGGGAUUCUGGAGAUACUUUGGCUGCUACUGAGAAUUUGCUAAAGAAGCAUGAGGCUUUGGAAUUUGACUUUGGUGUCCAUGAGACCCGAGUGCAAGAAGUAUGUGCUCAAGGAGAAGACAUUCUAAGUAAGGAAGAAAGUCAGCACAAGGAGAAGAUUUCUGGCAAGAUCCAGGCUCUGAAUGAAAAGACCCCGAUUCUGGCCAAGGCAAUAGCUGAUUGGAAGUUGCAAUUGGAGAAUGAUUAUGCCUUUCAGCAAUUUAACUGGAAGGCUGAUGUGGUAGAGUCCUGGAUAGCUGAGAAGGAAACAAGCCUGAAGACCAAUGGCAAUGGUGAAGACCUCGCUGCCUUCCAUGCUCUCCUGACAAAGCAGGACACCCUGGAUGCUAGUCUUCAGAGCUUCCAGCAAGAGAGGCUGUCAGAGAUUACUGACCUGAAGAACCAGCUGGUGGCAGCUCAGCACAACCAGACCAAAGCCAUUGAGGAGCGCCAUGCUGCCCUGCUGAAGCACUGGGAACAGCUGCUGGAAGCUGCUGCAGCCCAUAGAAAGAAGCUACAAAAGAAGCAGUUGCCCCUACGGGAGACAGAAGAGCUGUUCAUGGAAUUUGCAAACAAAGCUUCAGCUUUCAACAACUGGUGUGAGAAUGCUGAGGAGGACCUGUCUGAGCCAGUGCACUGCAACUCCCUGAAUGAGAUUCGGCAGCUGAAGAAGGACCACGAGGCCUUCUUGGCCUCGUUGGUAGAGACUCAAGCUGACUUCAACCAUUUGCUGGAGCUAGACAAGCAGAUUAAGGCCUUAAAUGUCCCCUCUAGCCCUUAUACCUGGUUUACAGUGAAGACACUAGAAAGGAUCUGGAACCACCUAUCUGAUGUCAUCAAGGAACGGGAGCAGGAGCUGCAAAAGGAGGAAGAAAGACAGGUCAAGAACUUUGACAUGUGCCAGGAGUUUGAACAGAAUGCCAGCACCUUCCUGCAAUGGAUCAUGGAGACCAGGGCUUAUUUUCUGGAUGGAUCUUUGCUCCAAGAAACAGGAACUCUGGAGUCCCAAUUGGAAGCAAAUAAAAGGAAGCAGAAGGAGAUCCAAGCCAUGAAACGUCAGCUGACCAAGAUUGAGGACCUGGGAGACAAAAUGGAGGAAGCACUGAUCCUCGACAUGAAAUACAGCACCAUUGGACUGGCCCAGCAGUGGGACCAGCUUUACGAGCUUGGUAUGCGGAUGCAACACAACCUGGAACAACAGAUCCAAGCCAGGGACACAAUAGGUGUGAGUGAGGAGAGGCUAAAGGAGUUUAGCAGAAUCUUUAAACACGUUGACGAAAAUUUGACAGGGCGUUUGACUUACAAGGAGUUCCGGUCCUGCCUAAGAGGACUCGAUUUCUACUUGCCUAUGGUGGAGGAGGAUGAACCUGAGCCCAUGUUUCAGAAGUUUCUGAGUGACGCUGACCCAGGGAGAAAGGGCUAUAUCACAUUGGAAGAAUAUACUUCAUUCUUGAUCGACAAGGAGUCAGAGAACAUCAAGUCCAGUGACGAUAUAGAGAGUGCCUUCCGUGCCCUGGCAGAGGGAAAGGAUUAUAUUACCAAAGAGGACAUGAAGCAGGCCCUAACUCCAGAACAAGUGUCAUUCUGUACCUCACGUAUGCAGCAAUAUGUGGACCCACAGGGUCGAAGCCACCGUGCCGGCUAUGACUAUGUUGUCUUCACCAAUUCCCACUUUGGCAACUGAUAAACAGUUCUUCAUGGAUAAUAGAAAAGACUAGUGUGGUGGAAAGUAUUGAGGAUCAUGGGGACAAGCAAGGGUAGAGGGAGGGAAAAUGGUAGUGUUGGGGUGGGUGUGUGUGUGUGCACGUGUAUGUGUGUGUGCGCACGUGUAUGUGUGUGUGCGCAUGCCCUCAUUGCAUUUAUUGCAGGACCUAAAAAAUUUCAAGCUUGGGAGACAUAAGGGGUUCAAAGAGUUGGAGGAGAGGGGGCUCUGGGCUUAUUUUGUGUGUAACUAGUCAUUGCAGAGGAGUGCCAAGUCUUUAUUUUGUUAUUUGUUAGGUUCUACAUAUUUUUUUUCCUGAUUCUAUAAUAAAGUAUUUCUUCUUUAUAAUUUAUUUUAUUUUUGUUUUUGUUGAGAAUAUACACAGCAGAACAUACACCAGCUCAACAGUUUCUGCAUAUACAAUUUAGUGACAUUGAUUACAUUCAAGUUGUGAAACCAUUCUCACCCUCCUUUUCUGAGUUGUUCCUCCUUCAUUAACAUAAAGUCACUGCCCCCUAAAUUUCCUAUCUAAUCUUUUGAGCUGCUGUUGUCAAUUUGAUCCCAUAUAGAUAGAUCUUAAAAGAGCACAAUGCUCAAGGCAGACAUUUUUUACUAGUUAAUCUAAGUCACUGUUUGGUUUUAAGAAGACUUCAGGGGAUAUUUUUGGCUUAAGGCUUAAAGAUUCUCAGGGCAAUAAUUUCAGGGGUUCAUUCAGCCUCCAUGGCUCCAGAAAAUCUGGAUUCCAUGAAAACUU